ACGCACACAUGCAGUCUGCUACCGGUAAACUGCAGCAAUGAUCCUCUGAUGACAAGUUUUUUUGUUCAUACUAAAUACUUAUAGAAGGACUUUCAAAGGAAUUUACAGUUUGGAUGCCCAUGAGGAAAGAAGCAUUUAAGCCAAAAACCUUUUUGAGCCUCAUAAAUUCUAAAAAGGAAAGAUCAUUGAAAAUGUUGCCCAUUGUUUUGUUUUUUCUAAGUGUCUGUCUCGGCGUGGGGAUGGGAUAUCGGACACAUUCGGACAGCACUGUGGGCAAAAGACAGUAUCAGAUCCAAAAUGGGCCAUGCAGCUACACCUUUCUGCUACCUGAGCAGGAGAACUGCAAAAGCCAGAGCAGCAGCUACAAUUAUCCAGUUCAGAAGGACGGGCCCACAGACAACGACGAGUCAGCUCACAGGCUGGAACAGCUGGAGAUGGUCAUGGAGAACAACACGCAGUGGCUACUUAAGCUACAGAAUUAUAUCCAGGAGAGCAUGAAGCAGGAUAUGGUCCAGAUCCAACAGAGCGCUGUACAAAAUCACACAGCCACAAUGAUUGAAAUAGGAACAAACCUGCUCAGUCAAACUGCAGAGCAAACGAGGAAAUUGACCAAUGUGGAAGCACAGGUAAUCAAUCACACAACUCGACUCGAACGGCAACUGCUGGAGAAUUCUUUGUCAACCAAUAAACUGGAAAAACAAGUUAUUGUCCAAACAAAUGAAAUAAAUAAGCUGAAUGACAAAAACAGCUUACUGGAGAAGAAAGUAAAGGACUUGGAGGAGCAGAGGGAGGUUGAGCAGAAGACGCUUCAAGUAGAAAAGGAGCAGCUUCAGAAUCUAUUACAGAGGCAGACAACUAUCAUUUUUGAGCUGGAACAAAAGUUACUCAGGGUGUCAUCCAACAACAGUGUCCUGCAGCAUCAGCAACAGGAGCUCCUGGAAACUGUGAACCAACUAAUUCACACCUUCUCGACUGGAGCAACCCAAGUGAUAAAAACUGCCAUGAUGCAGGAUACGCCUUCCACAUUCAUGGAUUGUGCUGCUGUCUUCAAGUCGGGAAACACAAAGACUGGUGUCUAUACACUCACUUUGCCCAACACUACAAUAGAGGUUAAGGCAUUUUGUGACAUGGAGCUGGAGGAAGGUGGCUGGACGGUAGUACAAAAACGUUUUGAUGGCAGUGUUGACUUUCACCGUACGUGGGAAGAGUAUAAAAAGGGAUUUGGAGAUCCGUCAGGAGAAUAUUGGUUAGGAAAUGAAUUUGUAUCCAGGCUGACAAGUCAACAUUCUUACAACCUCAGGAUCCAAUUGAGUGACUGGGAGGGGAAUUCUGCAUUCUCCCUGUAUGACCAGUUCUCACUCGAUGGUGAGGGAAAAAACUACAGGAUACACCUUAAGGGCUACAGUGGAACGGCAGGCAAAAUAAGCAGCAUUGGUCAGCCAGGAAGUGAUUUCAGUACAAAAGAUGCAGACAAUGACAAAUGUGUUUGCAAAUGCUCACAACUGACAACAGGAGGUUGGUGGUUUGAUGCUUGUGGGCCAUCCAAUUUAAAUGGAAUGUAUUACCAGGGAGGCCAAAACUCCAAUCGCUUCAAUGGCAUCAAAUGGUACUACUGGAAGGGAUCGGGAUAUUCACUGAGAGCUACGUCUAUAAUGAUCAGGCCAGCAGACUUCUAAGUUAAACAAUUGUAAUGGGCACUGAGGAAGAUGGAUCCCAAAGCACCUAAUGACAUUCCUUAAAGGACUAACUGGGAAAGUUCUAUUUCGUUAACUAAUCUUAAUCUAAAUCAAACCAAGGUACCCCGCACACUGAGCGAUGCGGACAAACACAACGUAAAUGUUACGCAGUGUGCUGAUCAUUGCAAUUAGUUUUCAUGAAUGGCAAACUAGUUUUUAUGGAUAUGUUGCUUCCAAAUAAAAACAGUAAAAUUCUAAGUUUUUGGCGAUUGAGAAGUAAGCGACAGGAAUGUGUAAAUUGUUGACUAACUUAUUGCCGAUUGCACAUAUCAGCCGCAUUCGGAUGGGUCGGUCGCUCAAUGUGCGGUAGGCCUAUCAAAAGAAAAUGUGGGAUGUAUUAAAGUUAGCUUUUUGAAAUUAUACUGCGAGUUUACCAUUUAGUAAAGUGUUCAGUAUUUCAACCGAUUGCCAAUGACACUUCACAGAAAUAGAGGCUGUGGUGGAAAUACAAUUGGCUCUUUUUAUUUAUUACUAAUGGCUCUGCAAUGGUUCCUCUUGUAAUUUCUAAUAAGUUAAUUAUGUUAAUUAUAAAUGAAACUGAGAAUCUCAGUUAAGAUAACAUCUUGUGGCGAAUGUAUUCACGACAGUACUGUACAAUAUAUUUAUGUGUGAAAUAUUAUUUGGGGAUGUAUUUUUUUCCAUUCCACCUUCUAGAUCACCUAGAACAGGGGUGUCAAACUCAUUUUGUUUCACGGGCCACAUUCAAGACAAUUACAGCUUAUGUGGGUCGGACUAGUUUAUGUUUGGCCAAAUAAGUUAACUCUCAUAGAGGGCGCUAGACGGCCAAUCCAUUUUGACUGGGAGGGGGCUAAUGAACAUUACCUUCUCAGUCAAGGGCGCUCUCAAUGGCAUUAAGAAGAAUUUUUGACAUUAGGCUUAAUCUUAGAGUUGGCAGGUGUUUAAUUAGUCGGUGGAAUUGAUUUCAACAAAUUCCGUGCAGUUUGUCAGUAUUUGUUAGUUUCAGGGCUCCGGAAUGGCUAAGCUAGCGUGAGUCAAUGGUCCCAUGUUAGCAUGCCAAUAAAAUUUUUUAAAAAAACCAAUAUAUAAAUGCAUGAGAAUCACUGAUGACCCAUGCAAUCAAUAGUGUUAGCUAUGUUUUCAGGAUAACGUUAUUAAAACUUACCAUUGCAUUUCAAUAAUUGUACUAUGAACAGCAACAUUUGUAAUCCAGCAUUUCUGCAGGUCAAAUUUUCGGAACUCCUCCUUUAAAAAUGAGAAUCCACAGCCAGUCCUUGCAGUUUAAGUGAACUGGAUAUCAAUCAUUGUCAAAGGCUGGCAAUGAGGAAAUCUUGCGUCACUUCCUUGUAAUUUUUAGCGUACUGACAGUAAAUUUUAGAUCAUUUCCUAUUGCGGUAAUUCUUUUUGCAGCAUUUCCGGGUUACUUCCUGAUGAUUUCGUGUCACGUCCGGUUGGUUUUGAGGUAGAAGUAGUGCCAGGGUUACGACGUACCAGACUUACGUGAUUUCGACUUUGCGACAGCAGUCUCGUUUAUUUUUUUUUUCUUUCCGUUUUAGAAUGUUUACUUUUGGUUUGUGAUGCAUGCUUUUAUCUUGGCACAGGAAGCGUAGAGCAGGAAGUACUAAUGGCACGCGAGUAAGAGCGCACGUACAUAUGAAGAAGAAUAUAUUUGCGCACACGAAGAAGAGUGCACAGGCACGCGCACACACGAGGAAGAGUGUAUUUGUUCUGUUUCCACGAAGAGGUCACGCAGCCGAAGGAGAGAGAGAAGGGAAAGCCUGCAAGUCUACGCACACACUUGUUGCUUGUGAAGCAUCAACAAAGGCUACACCUGUUAAUAACUUUUGUACUGUUUAUUGUGCAUUUUCAGUUGUGGUCGAAUACUUGGAGUGAGUUUAUGUGAUUAUUUUUGAUGAUGUGCAGAUGCUAAAUGAUAGAUGCUAUUUGUUUGUGUGGAUUUUUAUUGCUGUUGCAGCAGCUACUGAUAAAUGCAAAAUUUAAUGACCGGUACUGUUAUUGAAGAUGAAGCUGAUUUAAUUUCAAUUUUAUUUUAGUUACAUCUUGCAAGUUUUGAUGUCAUGAGCAGCUGAAUAAAGUCAGCAAACCACACGGACGUCUGACAUCGUGAUUGCGGAGGUUAGCUCGCUGUCUAGCUAGGACCUAGCGCCAAGGGGUUGGCGAGGACAGUACAAUAACGUAUAAUACAUUUUUAUUUAGAGAUUUAGGGGGUACUUAGGAGUACUUAAAGGGUUAAUUGUGACAUAGGCGGAAAUUCAGGUUACGUCGCCAGCGUAGGAACGGAACUUGUUCGUAACCCGCGGACUACAUAUAUUUUGCAUCACUUCCUUGUUAACUCAUUGGCUACCAUUGACGCUGCGAUUUUGACUGGGAGGGGGUGAAUGAACGAAUGUGACUGCUGACACGACACUGAGCCAAGUUUAUCACAAAACUCACAAAUAUCUUGUUUUACGGCACCAAUGUCAAAGUAAAAGUACGUGAUUCUGUAUGAACAGUAUGAAUGAGCUGUCCAAGGUGCCUGUCAGGAAAAAUAAGCCUGCGGGCUGGAUUGGACUCUUUGGUGGGCCGUUUCCGGCCCACUUGCCUUACAUUUGACACCCCUGACCUAGAGUAUUAGGUGCUAGACAACUAGCAUUUAUAUUGCACCCUGGCAGAGGUUUGGGGAAAAGUACAUCUUUAUUUAUGUGAAAGUUUAUUUGAAUCCCUCUCAAAAGUAAGUUUUUAUGAAACUGUACAUAUUGAAAGAUUAAUUUGCGUAUUGUGUCGCCAUAAAGUUCUCUUAUCAUUUUUGGCAUUUCAAAUGUUGUUCCCGCCACCCCAGAGGGUGCAAGUGUAGCUCCUGGUCAUAUAGUGUAUAAUACAGUACAUACAGUACUUAUCACAAUAUAAAGGAAGUAUUCUCAAUGGUGGAGGGACUCAUGGGAGUGCAUAUUUCAUCAAGGAGAAGCAAAGCAUUGCAAUCACUGAAAGUAAAUAAUAUUAAAAUGCCACCUAGUCCCUUCUGAUAAAAAGACAGGAUCGUGAUUCUCCAAACGACAAUGUACAAGAAGGACCACAGCAGAAAUAUCUUAACAUUUGUCUAUGUCAAGAAGGUGCCACUGCUCACGAUGGCAGGAGAGGACAGUGACUCAUGACUUCAGGAAGAGGCAACGUCCACAUUUCUCUCAGGAUACUUCAGGAAAAACAAGUUGACUGAAAAUGGAUGGCUGGCAGUAAAAACGAGCAGGCGGCCAACUGACUUCCUCCUCUUUGCAUUUGUGAGCAAUUACUGGACUGAAUGUCGGUGAAGGGAGCAACACAAAUGCUUUGCAUUGUAACCUGAAUUAAUAACAGCGGGCGCUGCACAAUGCAAAAUAUUUCGCAAGUAUUUGUCAGAGUAAAGAAUAUCCAGUAAAUUCAAAGUACAAGUUGAUUGAAAGUUGUGAACAGGAUUAGAGUUAUGUAAUGAGUAAUGAUGCACCGAUCUGGAUCGAUACAUCGAUUGGAUGAGCGCAAUUAAUCUAAAUCGAUCAUGUUAUAAAUGUCAUUUUGG